AUGAGUGGUGGGUCUAUGCAUUCUUGUUUGGUUGGGCUUGUGUGCCUGGCCAUUGCCUCUGCUAUUUGUUGUUCAACUGUUGGAAGCUCAAACAACAUCAUGUGCUUGGAGAGUGAAAGGCAUGCUCUUCUCCACUUCAAACAAGGCCUGGUGGAUAAGUCCAAUGCUCUUGCCUCUUGGAAAAGUGAGAAAGAUUGCUGCAAGUGGAGAGGAAUAGCAUGCAACAACCAAACAGGUCAUGUUACCAGCCUUGAUUUCUCCUUUAAUUAUGAUCCAUAUCUCUAUUCUGCUGAAGUUCCUUUAAGUGGUGAAAUUAGUCCUUCACUACUUGAAUUGCGAUAUCUAAAUUACUUGGACCUCAGUUAUUUUGAUUUUGGAGAAAAUAUGAUUCCCAAGUUCAUUGGCUCUUUGAGUCAAUUGAAAGAACUCAAACUUGCAGAUGCUAAUUUCAGCGGACCUGUUCCUCCCCAACUUAGAAACCUCUCUAAUUUGCACACUCUUGAUCUUUCCUCCAAUGAUUUUGAAGGAAUGAUGAUUCCCAAAUUCAUUGGCUCUAUGAGUCAAUUGAAAGAGCUCAAACUUGCAGAUGCUAAUUUCAGUGGACCUGUUCCUCCCCAACUUGGAAACCUCUCUAAUUUGCACACUCUUGAUCUUUACCGUAACCAAGUUGUUAGUCCUGAAAAUCUUGAGUGGUUAUCUCAUCUUUCUUCCUUGAGAUACUUGAACAUGUCAUAUCUAGAUUUGUCAAAGGUUGUGAAUUGGCCACAAUCUUUAAGCAAGCUCACUUCGCUGACCGAGCUUCAGUUAUCUUGGUGUGAGCUUCCCGAUGUCAAUCUAAGAUCACUUUCCUUUAUUAAUUCUUCCACCUCUCUUCAACUCCUUGACCUCUCUGGGAACUUUCUUAAUUCUUCAAUAUUUUAUUGGAUAGCCAAUACCAGCAGCAACUUUGUCCAUAUUGGUCUCUCUUCCAACAAUCUUAAAGGUCCUAUCCCAGAUGUCUUCACAAGCAUGCUUUCUUUAGUAACACUAGAUCUGUAUGAGAAUCAACUUGAAGGUGGGUUACCAAAAGGCUUUCAAAACUUAUGCAGCUUAGAGUCGUUGACCUUAAUGUCAAACCAAUUGUCUGAAAACAUUGAGGACUCUGUUAAAACCUUGUCUUGUGCUAAGAACACACUUGAUACCUUGGGCUUGAGUGAUAACCAGUUUUGGGGGUCGUUGCCGGAUUUGGCAAGUUUUUCAAAGUUAAGAGAGUUAUAUCUUUCCUUUAAUCAACUAAAUGGCUCUGUACCCGAGAGUGUCGGGCAACUCUCUAGCCUUGAAACAUUAUAUCUCUCCGGGAAUUCUUUGAGUGGUGUCAUAACAGAAGCCCACUUUUUGAACCUCUCUCGUUUAAAGUAUUUGAGUCUUUCUGGUAAUUGUUUCUCUAUCAACUUGAGCUCUGAUUGGAAUCCACCAUUUCGACUUACUGAUUGGUUAGACAUGUCCUCUUGCAAGGUGGGCCCAGCUUUUCCCAAGUGGAUUCUAACGCAGACAAAUCUUACGACUCUUUAUCUCUCUAAUGCUGGACUAUCAGGAUCAUUACCCAUCAAGGUUUGGGAUCUAUUUUCUGGCUUAUCUCAAUUAGAUCUCUCUAUGAACCAAAUCCAUGGGAGACUACCGAAUCUGUCAUCGACAAGCUUGAGUUAUGUUAACUUGUCUUCUAAUCUAUUUUCUGGCGCAUUGCCCUCAUUUUCUCCUAUGCUCACGGAGUUGUAUCUCUCGAAUAACAUGUUUUCUGAGCCGUUGUCUUCCUUCUGUGCAACCCAGGCUCCAUAUUUAACGCAUCUUGACAUUUCUAAGAACCUAUUGUCUGGGGAGCUUCCUAAUUGUUGGAUGCAAUUUCAAGAAUUGCGAGUGAGAAUUGCCUUCUUUAGAGAACUGUACCCGAUUAUUGAUGGUUGA